CAACAUCACACACACCACUCACUACGACAAUGCGAACACCACUACUCUCGUUUUUCCUCCUGCCGCUGCUGGCCGCGGCGCAGAGCUCGACGUCGGGCGGCAACAACGGCGGCAAUGGGAACGGCAACGGCGCGAGCAGCUCGGACCAGCCCGCACCAACGAACAACGGCGGCAACGCCAACGGCAACAGCAACAGCACGGCCGUCCCCGCGCCAUCUGGCAACUUCACGCUCAGCCCGAACGGCACGCUCUCGCUCAACGGCACGGCGUUCCCCACGCCGACAAACGGCACGUUUGGCAACCACACCACGGUGCCGAGCAGCACGACGAGCGCCGUCUCGACCAUCAACACGACGCUCCCGAGCCCCGGCAAGACGAGCAACGGCGUGGCCAUCACCUGGCCCGGCUCGUCAGACUACUGGGUCCAGUCGGGCCACUCGGUCGCCCUCUGGAACUGGGACACGGGCGCCGGCGCCCCGGACCCAGCGACGCAGGUCACCUUCCUCCUCGUGAACCGCGACCUCGCCAUCUCGAGGAACAGCUACGGCAUCUACACGCUGCCCGGCGGCAACGGGUCGUUCUACUCUGGCGUCCCGAGCUCGGCCCAGGCUGCCGGGGGCUGGAUGGUCAUGAUGGUCGACCCGAGCGACCUCAGCCACGUCUACGCCACAUCCCAGUUCUUCGAGAUCAAGUUCCGCGGCUUCGCGGAGAAGCUCCCCCCGCCAUACAACUUUACGAAGCCCAAGAGCGGCGCCGAGCCGCGCUUCCCCGGCGCGACGGCCGUUAUUGGCGCCGCGGUCGCGCUGCUCGCUGGCGUCGCGGCGGCGGCGUAGGGCCCACCCCACGCCGGGCCAAGCUUGUGACGACGACGCUGCUGCGAAUGACCAGACAUACCCGGGACAUCCCACCUGCCACGACCAUGACAUAGGACAUUACGCAUCUUGUAGACUAUAAUACUGCAUGGUAUCCUUCCCA